CCUUGGUGUAUUUUUCUGCUUCACGGUGGACUCACUGAUCUUCUCUCUGUAAUAGACAGACUUACACUACUUCAUAAUGUCAACCCCAAACGCCGUUGCACAUCGCUUGCAAAUUCAAUCACUUUAUAAACGCUCUUUAAAGCUUUCGUUGGAUUGGUAUAUACAACGUGACAUAUGGCGUCAAAAGGCUUUACAGAUCAGACAUCAAUUUGAGCAGAACAGAAAUGUCACAAAUCCUAAAGAAAUUCAAGCUUUGAUUAAGAAAGCCGAGAAGGAGUUGGAAGACUGGGAUCACCCCACACCAUAUACCAUUCCUACGGCUCCUGAAGGUACCAAGUGGGAACGUAACUUACCCCCCAUCAUGUUUGAUAAAACGGAACACCAUCACUAAGGCAGAAGAAAGCCAAAAAAAGUCAAUGAGCCAUUAACAAUAAAAACCAACCUACAUGAAUCGUCAUAUAUCCACGCUUUAGUUAUAAAAAAACCCACAGCUGUAGAAUAAAAGUAUUACUUCCCGAAAGAAGCUGAAAUAUACUUCAAUGAUAUAUUUGCCCAAGUUUGAGGGGCAUGAACAGAUAGUAUAUAUCUGAGAUUAAUGUAUUAUGACCAUGGCAGCAGUCUCACGGAACUGUUUUAAGAGAGCAGAAAAUCUUAAAAUCCGGGGAGAAAAAAAUAAACACAGCACAGCAAUCAUGAAUUAUUUUUCCUUUAAA